AUGACCAACCCAUUCCUUUUCGACCUUGUUAUCAAGAACGGUAUUGUAGUGACUGCUGCUGAGCAAGUCGCUUGUGACAUUGGUGUGAAAGAUGGAGUAGUAGUGUGUUUAGGAAAAGAUUUGCCUUAUACCUCUGACUGCGAGGUCAUCGAUGCGGAAGGAGGAUUUGUGACUCCUGGCGGAGUGGACUCCCAUGUACACAUCGGCCAGUCCGCCUCAGGAGCCAAGUCAGCUGAUAACUGGACAACCGGAACCCGCGGAGCUAUCUCUGGAGGAACUACAACGGUGAUUGCGUUUGCAGUUCAGGCUAAAGGGAAACAGGUCAUGCCUGCCAUAGAAGCAUAUUACGAGCUAUCCAAAGACAAGACAUACACGGAUUACAGUUUUCACGCUAUCAUCAGUGACCCAACGGAAGAUGUGGUGAAGACGGAAAUACCCAAGAUGAUUGAUUUCGGUGUUACUAGUGUAAAGAUUUACAUGACAUACCCUUUGCUCAAGCUGAACGACCGACAAGUACUCGACAUCCUCUGUGCAGCUCGACGAACAGGUGUGACAACGAUGGUCCACGCUGAAAAUGCAGAUAUAAUCGACUGGAUGACUGAGAAUCUCAUCGAACGCGGGAUGGUCGAACCUUGGCAUCAUGGUACAUCACGUCCACCACUGGUAGAAACGGAAGCGACCAACCGAGCUAUCUGCUUAUCUGAGGUGGUCGACGCUCCCAUGCUCAUCGUUCACGUAUCUUCGAGAGAAGCUACUGCUCAUAUCCGAAAGGCUCAGACUCGAGGCUUACCGAUCUACUCUGAAACUUGUCCCCAUUAUGCUCUUCUGACCGCUGAGAAGAUGCAGGCGCCAGGCUUUGAGGGCGCCAAAUGUGUUUGCGCUCCUCCUUUACGUUCAGAUCCAAAAGAACGAGAAGUCAUUUGGGAAGGUCUGGCGAAUGGUACAUUUACGGUAUUUUCCUCGGACCACGCCCCAACCAACUACUACGACGCUCAGGGUAAACAGCUCGGACUGAAAGAUCCUGUCAAAAAUCCCAGAGGUCAUUUCAAACACAUCCCGAAUGGGUUACCUGGUGUAUGUACCCGAACACCCUUACUGUGGUCUGAAGGAGUCUUGAAAGGCAGGAUAUCCCCUCAAAAAUUCGUCGAAUUGAACUCGACUAACGCAGCCAAAUUGUAUGGACUGUAUCCCAAGAAAGGAACUAUCGCACCUGGCUCAGAUGCUGAUUUUGUCAUCUGGCGAUCUGAAUCGGCGAGAAAGCCCGUGACCAUCAAGCAGACAGAUUUACAUCAUGGCGCCGAUUACAUCCCUUAUGAGGGGAUGGAGAUACUCGACUGGCCCAAAACGGUCAUACUCAGAGGUAAAGUUUCAUAUGACGGGGAAACGAACACGGUGUUGAAUCAAGUGGGAGAUGGACAAUAUCUGAAGAGAGGUUUUAGUGCCCUUCCGGGUCCUCGAGGUCAUUCCGCCGCUUGGAUCAAUGGAUUUAACCCACAUGAGUAG